UUGGAAAGCUAUCUGUGGUUAGUUGUUCGUAUUCAUGCUCGUGUUGUACUUCCUAGGGGAAGUACGGCAAUUUAUUUUAUACUUUCCUGGAUUCCCCAAGAGAGCAGAACCAUGAAAGAAGAUUUACCUGCUUGGCUUGAUGAACACUUUUUAUACUUGGUGCUGCAAGGAAAAGAGUUGUACAAUGGAACGAUAUCCAUUAUCAACUAUUCAGUACAGCCUGCUGUGGCUCCGGGAAACAACUUUGCCAGCAACCUCUACAGAGUUAACCUAUAUUACAGUGACGAGAGUUUAAAAAACAUGUACCUGUCUCUAAUCGUAAAGGUUCCAAGUACUAAAGGAUUUUUGGGUGAGUACUUGGAAGUCAUGGAUCUUUUCGGAAAGGAGCGUAAAAUGUACGACACCAUCCUGCCAAUGUUUAAGGAGACUUUACGGAAAGAAUUGGGUCCAAUAUCCCUGCACUGUCCAUUAAGAAAGGGGCUAGUUUUGAUGGACCUAACAGAAGAAGGCUACAAAAUGUGCAAUAAGUGGAAAAGGCUUGACUUCCCCCACUGUAAGCUGGUUAUAAAGGCCAUCGCCAAAUACCACGCUGCUUCAGUUCUUUGCUACCACAAUGACCCGAAGCUGGUAGAGUCAGUUAGUAAAGAAGUAGUAUAUCCUGAUGGAGGUCCUUAUGAAAAGGAACUCAAAGUGUGGGUCGAAACCUCAGUGGAAAAUAUCGCAAGGAAAUUGAGCAAGAUUAAAGAUUGCAAACUAUAUGCAGAUUAUAUUCUGGGUAAGUUAGACAAAAUUUGGAAGUCUGCAAAAGGUAUGUGUAAAAGAAAAGCAACAGGUUUGAAUGUUCUAAAUCAUGGAGAUUUGUGGGCCAAUAAUGUAUUAUUUAAAUAUAACAGUUUUAAUGAAGUGGAAGAUGUGAAAUUUAUAGACUUUCCCAUUGCAAGGUUCACAUCUCCUGUACUUGACCUGAUGUAUUUCUUAUGGAUGAGUGCCAGUGAACGUGUCCUGAGCGACCGGCAAGAGGAGCUGUACAACAUUUACCUACUGAACUUGAACUACCAUCUGCAACAGUUAGGCUGUGUAGAGAGGAUGUCCAGAGAAGAGUUACUCCAUGAUCUUCACUCACUUUCUGACUGGGCACUUCUCACAAUCUGUCUAUUCAUACCGAAUGUCAUGUCUGAGCCAGAAGAUUUCAGCAUAGAAGACUUCAGCAUGGAGGAUGUCGAGAAUGGAAAGACCAGUGAGUGCUUUCAAAAACUACUAAACGGAAAGAGUUUCACAGAGUUGCUCCCAUUGCUAGUGAAGUUAUUCAUGGAUUGGAAACAAAGUAUUAGACAGUUUUCCAACGUAUUUUCACGUGUUUAAUUCCAAGAAAGUAAUGUGUAGAAAAGGUUAGAUAAUGGUAAUAAAACAACAAAUUUCUUUAAAUUAGGCAAAAAUUAGGCUUAUAAAACAUUACAUGUUCCACCUAUAAACUAAUGACGUAUCUAGUCAACUAUGUUAGAAUAAGAAAUCGUAUAUUUAACUUAGGCUAUUGAAUUAUACGAGCUGGACAAUAACGUGUCGAAAUUAUCGCUUAUUUUGCUAAAUUAGACCAAAAAUGGUUUAUUUUUGUAAUAUUAGAUUUUUCGAAAGAAAUCAUUAAAUUGUCUUUAAAUAUUACUUUUAUAUUUUGGCAAAUAGGGUAAAAAUUACCGAUAAAAAAAUUCUCUAAUAUUGUAUAAGUUUUGAUUAACUUUCUAUUUAAGUUUCUACUGGUGUAUUCACAUCGGUUUAAAAAUUAAAAAAGUUUAAAUUGGGAAAUAAAAUAACUGAAGAAUAAUAUCUUA